AUGGAGGCCAUCCGGAAGCAGGCCUCAAAGCUCCGGGAGCAGGUCGCUCGGCAGCAGCAGGCGGUGAUGAAGCAGUUCGGGGGUGGGUACGGCGCAGACGGCGUGUUCGCGGACGAGGCCGAGGCGCAACAGCACUCCAAGCUCGAGAAGCUCUACAUCUCCACGCGCGCCGCCAAGCACUUCCAAAGGGAUAUUGUUCGGGGCGUCGAGGGCUACAUCGUCACGGGGUCGAAGCAAGUCGAGAUCGGGAACAAGUUAUGUGAGGAUGGCAAGAAGUAUGGCACUGAGAACACUUGUACCAGUGGAAGCACACUGUCGAAGGCAGCAUUAAGUUUUGCUAAGGCACGGUCCAUGAUGGAAAGGAAAGGGUAA